AAAACAUUAAAAUAGCUUUUCUAGUGGAAAUGAGAUGUCAGCACCAAACCUUUUUCAUCCAUGCACAUCAAAGGAUAUUUGCAUCUGACAGGAAAUCUUGCAAAGUUUGGUUUUUUGAGUGAUACUUUCAGAAAAGACACUCAAGGGUAAACAGGAAACCUGACUAUUCUCUUGCUUUCUGGGGUUCCUCUAAGCUUUCCUGUAACGAUGCACUGCAGCCUUCACAUCAUCAUCAUUGUCUUCAUCAUCAUGAGUUUCACAGCAGCCCAUGUUGUUCACCAGCAUUAUGAACUAGUGGGAAAAACAGUCCAUCUCUCAUUGGGAAAACAACGACCAAAUCAGAUGAGGUGGAAGAAAGAUGCUGAUCUAAUCGCAGUUGUAAAUGAACAAAAUCCAGAUGUAAGGUUUACAGAGAAGUUCAGUGUGAAUGCCACUGAUGGCUCUUUAAUUAUAAAAAAUGUCACAGAGAGUGACAGCGGCCGUUAUCAAGCCCUAUGUGGAAAAUGGGAGGACGAGAUCACGGAAUUCCAUCUAACAGUAGAGGAGGCUGUCUCAGAGCCGGUCAUUGACACAUAUAUACUUCAGUUGAAUUCCUCCACUCGUCUUUGCCUCAUCUCAGUAAAAUGCUCUGUUGAUGGUGACUCAAUGAUGUACGACUGUGAUUUCAAGACUUGCACUCAAGAUUUGCAGACAAAUACCUCACUGACCAAGGUUAACAUUACUGUUGCUGUAAGGAACAAUGAAAAAGUGGAAUGUACAGCUAGCAACCAUGUGAGCACAAAGACGAGCUCAAUACACCUGAGUGACACAUGUUCAAAAAAUUACAGUUCUGUGGAGGAUCAAUCACAAAUAUUGUUGGGUUGGCCAGUUUUGAUAGCUUGUGGACUGGGAUGCUUACUUCUGGUCUGCUUUCUUAUAACAGCAUACCUCUAUUCCAGAAAAAAACAACAGAAUAAAGGUACCCUUCAAGAAGAAGGCAUAUCCACUAUCUACAGCGUGGUGCGCAAACCACAGAGUCCAACAGAGAGCAAUUUAGCAACAACAGUGUAUGAUGUUCCUUCAAAAUUUGUCAAGGCUCCCCAAAGUGCAAGUGUACAAAUGUCAAAGGAGACACAAGCGCCCCCUCUCGAGGACAAAGCUGUAACUGCAAAUGCAGAAAGAGAAGAGGAAUCUGAGAAUGAUAAACAACUUACAGUUUACUGGAAACUGGGGCAGAAAUAACAACCACUAAGAGUCAGUUACACAGCACUGUUAUUUACGUCACCCAGUUGUAUUAGUAAGACUGUCUCCAGGAAAACAUGACCUCUUUUUAUAACAGAUUUUAUUAAAAAUGUAAAUUUAUAUAUUUUAUGUAAUUAUACAAACUGAGAAUUAUUGUUUACCUAAAGUUUUUGAAGAUGAUGUACAGAAAAAAAUACAUUUCAUAUGUAUAUAUAUGAUAACAGAAAAUUAUAUGCAAGCCUCUAUUUUUUACACACACACACACACA